GACGGGAAAGCUUUGAUGAACUGUGCAGAUCUUUAAUUAAUUCAUAGAUCCGCCCGGGCCGGAGCCGCUGCCCCUCCGGGCACACCUCGGGCCGCUCCUGGCCGGGUAGGGCUCCGAGGGUGCUGCCAGCCCUUGUGUCCCUUGUUUCUCAUCCCUUGUCCCUUGUUUCUCAUCCUUGUCUCUUAUUUUUGGUCCUUUAUCCCUUUUUUUGGUCCUCUGUCCCUUGUUUUUGGUCCCUUGUCCAUUUUCCCAUGCCCCGCAGGCGCGGCCCCUCACGGCCCUCAGGCCCGCCCGCCCUCAGGGGAGGCCGCAUGGCCGCGGGUCCGUGCUGGAAACCUCGGUGCCCUCAGGCUCGGGGGGAUGAUAAAGGAUAAGGGGGGAUGAUAAAGGAUAAGCAAACACCGCCUGCUUUUCCUGAGGCAGCCACGGCCAGCAGCUCGCAAAAAGCGGAUAAGGAUAGAAAUAAAAGCAAAAAAAUGGAGAAGGAAGCUGCAGAAAAUCCUCACUUGUCUGACAAAACAGAUUUGGCUCCUUCUGAGGACUCACAGUCCCUUUCCAAGACUGAACCACUGGAAAAGGUUUUAAAUGAGAUGAGCGAAGAAAUUGUUAACUUGUUAUCAAAAUAUGCUCACCUUGUAAGUACAAGAGCAGCGUUGGAUUCUUCUCAUGUCCGGGAACUUGAUGAGAUCUUAAAAGAAGCCAGGGCCAUAGAAAACCACUUAAAGCAGAAAAGGGAGAUGCUGAAACAGAGGUUCACUUUCCUUGCCAAUACUCUGCAAAGCUAAAUGGAGUUUGUUAGAGAAAUGCAGAGCCAACGUUGUGUUUGUGUAUGAAAACAAACUGUGAUGAGUGUUGUCUUCUUUCUUGUAUAAAUAUUUGUCAUUUUAGGAAACUUCCAACAAGUUAAGCAGCUACUUAGUGUUUAAAUACAUAGUGUAGUUAGUAAAAACAAUUGUGAAUAUCUGUUUUAAAUCCUGUGACUCAAGGGAUUAAGACAUUAAGCCAUGUUAACCUAUUAAACAUAACAAAAAACCCAUUUCUGUGAAGCAGAAAUUAAUGAUGUCAGUGGAAAGUGAUCUCAGAUUAUUUCAUGUUAACCAUUUUCUGGUUAUGGUUUGUCGGGUUUUUUUUUCUUUCUACUUUAAAAAAUGUUUUUGUGCUAAAAUCUUUGUAGAAUCUACUUGCAAUGUUAUUUCCAUUUUGCCUCAGAACAUAAACAGGCUGAAAGUAGAUCAGCUUAGAAAUAAGAGAGUUCUAUAAAGACCUUUGAGGAAGUGUAAAGUCUUAAUUUCAAGUGCAUUGUCAUACUGGUACAUGUCUUACAUUUCAAGGCCAUGUUGAUAUAAAACAUAAUCCAAGCUUUGCUGUUGAUAUCAAUAAAUAACUAGAGGAUGUUAACAUGAUCUAGAAUUCCAGUGUUAAUUUUGUUACCUGGCUGCAUGAGUGGUGUUUGCUGAUACUCAGUUUUUCUGAGAACACUGAGCCCUUUUUCUUUCUUGUCAUUCGAUGCUGUUAGAAAAAAAAAAAAAAAAAAAAAGAUGAAACACAGAAUGUACAAAGCAUGGGGCUUGUGUAAUAAAGAGAAGUACUGAAACAAGAUAUAUUUCCAUCUUUACCCCAGUAGUGUGCAGAUUUCCUCUUGAAAUCCUCUCAGACCUAAUCCAGCCUCCUUUCCCCCUGUCCUGAGCUCAAAGCCCGGUGUGCUGCGUGUCACAGUGCCAUGAUUUAAACACAGAACAGGAGGAACUGGCCAUGCAGGGUGAGAUUUAGAUCCCUAAAGAUGCAGAUAUGUCCUUAGCAGGAUUUUCAGAGUGCCUAAGCAUGGUGUAAGCGCCUUACACGCUUAGGAAUUUUGGAAAAUCCCAUAAGGUGCCUAUCUGCAUCUUUAGCAUCCUAAGGCUUUCCAGAGUCUCACCACUGCUCUGCCAUCAGAUUUAGCUGUCUCCUAUUUUUUUUCCCCUGAUAUUCUCAUGCUUCUCUCUUUAUACAGAGAAAGGUGGGAGAAAAGGGGGAGAUUUAGGAAGUGACAUUUUCUGAAAUAUUGUGCUGGGUGUUUGUAAAAUCCACGCCUGUCUGUAGUGAUGACACAACCCAGAGUUUCAAAAUGACAUCUGACAUUUACCCACAGUUCUUUAUGAAUAAUAAAGAAAAGUGACACAAAUUGAAUUGCUGAGGAACAUCUGCCUGUUGGUGCAUUUUAGCUGUUUGUGCUUGAGGAAAUCCUGCAGCCUUUUUAGAUCCUCUGGGUUUGGAUGAUCUCAAUUUAGUUUAUGUGGCCAAUAUAUCCAACUAUUAUUUUAUGUCAGAAUUUGCAUUUUGGGAUACAAUCAUUUCGUGUGUUUUUUCCCUUAGGGGAUCAAGUGUUCCUCUUGCAGCAGUUUACUCUAUUUAAAAACUUCAUAAAAUCCAACAGAAAUGAGUAAAACUCCACUUUUUAAAACAAUGAAAGACUGCUUAGUGCAUUUCAAUCCAAGAUAUAUUCUCAGAAUGAUGACUCUUGUUUUUUUACAGUGAU